CUCCGAUCCCUCUGCUCCUGCUGCACAGCUCCAUGGCCCAGUGUGGGAAGCUGGCGGUCGCCGCCCUGGCGCUAAUCUUGCUGCUCCUGUCGCCAGCCCUUGCAUGGUACAAGCCUGCGGCCGGACCCCACCACUACUCGGUGGGCUGCGCCUCGGGGCUACCGUCCAGCUUCCACAGGUUCCCGUCUACACGACUCCCUGUCGGAACAGGACCCCUACGCUUGGAGGUGAUGCACUCCAGCCUAAGGAGCCUUCCUCCACUGCCCCCUCCGGCCCUGUGUGUCAAAGACCCGAACCUGCAGAGCUGCCAGUGGCAAUUCAACAGACCAGGGACUUUCCAGUCCUUGUCGCUGCGGGAGGCAGAAUGCCAGUGGCCUGAGCCCUGA